AUGGCGCUCGUCAAGACGCAGAACGAGAGCGACGAGCACGUCAUCAAGCCAGAGAAUGUUGGGGCGAAGACACUUUCAAGCCAAUUUCCACUUCUCUUACGCAACUAUGAAGACCUACUCGUGCGGACGGGUCACUUCACACCCAUUCCCGCUGGCUGCACACCUCUCCGACGCGAACUCAAGCAGUAUAUCUCCUCGGGAGUCAUCUGCCUCGACAAGCCCUCGAAUCCCUCCUCCCACGAAGUCGUAGCAUGGCUCAAGCGCAUGCUGAGAGUGGAGCGCACCGGGCACAGCGGUACCCUCGACCCCAAAGUCACCGGCUGUCUCAUUGUGUGCAUCGACCGCGCGACAAGACUCGUCAAGAGCCAGCAAGGAGCAGGGAAGGAGUACGUCUGUGUACUGCGCAUGCACAGCAAGCUUCCAGGCGGUCAAGCACAGCUCGCGCGCGCGCUGGAGACUUUGACUGGCGCGCUCUUCCAGCGGCCACCGAUCAUUUCGGCGGUGAAGAGACAGCUCCGCAUACGCACAAUUCACGAAAGCAAGCUCCUCGAAUUCGACAACGAUCGGCAACUCGCAGUCUUCUGGGUCUCGUGCGAGGCGGGAACAUACAUCCGAACUCUCUGUGUACAUCUCGGUCUUCUGCUUGGUGUGGGCGCGCAUAUGCAGGAGCUAAGGCGUGUACGGUCCGGAGCCAUGAACGAGCAAGAGAACAUGGUCACUUUGCACGAUGUGCUGGACGCGCAGUGGCUGUACGAUAAUCAGCGGGACGAGUCCAUCCUCCGAUCUGUCAUUCAACCUCUGGAGACACUUCUCGUGUCCUACAAGCGCGUGGUUGUCAAGGACUCGGCAGUCAACGCAGUCUGCUACGGUGCGAAGCUGAUGAUCCCGGGACUUCUGCGCUACGAAGGCGGCAUCGAUGUAUACGAAGAGAUUGUCUUGAUCACCACAAAGGGGGAGGCCAUCGCCAUCGCCAUCGCGCAGAUGAGCGCAGUGGAGAUGUCGUCGUGCGAUCACGGCGUCGUAGCCAAGGUGAAGAGAUGUAUCAUGGAGCGCGACCUGUACCCGCGGAGAUGGGGCAUGGGACCUGUCGCUGUCGAGAAGAAGAAGAUGAAGGAGAGCGGCAAGCUCGACAAGUACGGUCGCAUGAACGAGCAGACUCCUGCGCAGUGGAAGAAGGAAUAUCAGGAUUUCAAUGAUCCCGAGGGCGUCAACGGUAAGUUCGGACAGAGCGAGCAGCAGGCAGACGAGGGCGCAGCGGUGAAGGAGGGUAUGCCGGGGAGAGGCAAUGAGUUACCAAAGAAGGAGGAGGUCCUAAGCGCAGAGCCGGUGCCACCAACAAACAUCGCAGAGGCCCCUGCCGAGAACGGUGAGGCGGGCGAGAGGAAGAAGAAGCGCAAGCACGAAGGCGAGACGGCAGAAGAGAAGGCGGAUAGGAAGCGGAAGAAGAAGGAGAAGAAGGAGAAGCGAGCUUCGAAGGGAGCAAAGGAGGAGGCGGAUGACAGCGAUUAA